AUGGACAACCUACAGGUUGGUGUAGGUGUACAGAAGAAGAAGAUAUUUGAAUUCCGUCUGAUAGAUGCCUCUCCUCUUCAACUCUGCCGACCUGUCUCGACUGGAGAGUAUCUAAAAACAAAGAGAAUAGAGUACAUCCAGACACUCUAUUCAGACUCACUCUCUGCUGUAAUACUUUUGACCGAUCCUUCACUAUCGUUCAGCUCACAAAGUGAGAAGAACUUUAUUCAAUAUUGUAAUAUGUCCACCGAGUUACACUUUGAUUCUGUCGAGCAACAGAUUUCCAUUCUCAAAGAGUCUGUCGACACCAACCACUUUAAGAAUGGCGAUUUUUUCAUUACCAAGCACUCCAACCUCUCUGAUGUCCAGGUUGUCUUUCAUCUUUUGGCUGACAGCAAAAACCGAACACCAUGGGGCGAAACACCACUUUCAACGUCGUCAGAUGUGGCAAGAGGACUUAGGAACAUAUUGUUGACGGCCUCCAAGUAUGGAAUCGGAUGUUUGACAAUCCCAAUCGCAUUGACAGAAUCAGAGGUGGACAUCAACGUGACAAAUACAGCAUUAGCACUCAGGACUUCUUCUGUGUUAAGUGUUGUAAGGGCAUCUUUGACCAGUUUACACGAGUACACCUCCAUCAAGUGUCUGCAGUUUUCUCUUCCACCAAGCCUGGAUGGAGGUAACACACAGGGACAGGGUCCUGUAGCCACAAAAUGGAGGUCAUCCAUUUCUCCUUUCAUCUACGAAUCUAGU